CUUGGAUCACAGUGCAGCUUCCGGAAUGCUUUUAUGUUGAAAGGCAUUCACCGGAUGUCCUUUGCGACGUCUUAUCGCGACCAUUGACGGACUGGUGACUGACAACAGGUGAACGAGAGUUCAGAGAGCGAACAGAGCGAAGCAUCACGACACGGCGGCGGCGGCGCGUGGAUCUGGGCUGACGGAGGGAACAGGAACGACACGAAAAAUCCCGCUUUAGUUGGAAGAGGAUGAUGGUACGCCCCGCGGUGCUUUUGUUUCCUCUGAGAGGAGAACUUCAAUCGCUUGCACGCCGCGUCCUCAUUGGCCUCCUGAGUGUUUCAUGAGGGCGUCGACUGAUUGGUCCGUCGUUCCACUUGGAAGACCGGCUCGGCCAAUCGGCGUCUGUCUGGGCAGCAGUUGUGUCUCCACUGCAGCACUUUUUCUGCAUCAGUCAGGACGGCGCUCUGCGACGGAAGGAACUAAAGCUGACACAGGGAAUCUGCACAAGUGAACUCCAUCAUGGAGGUGCCCAGGAGGCUGCAGCCUUCCUCCUACACUCUGGCUCUCCCAAAACAAUCCUCGAUGGCUCCCCUUGUCACUUUACAGAAUGUCACUAAGAGAGAUUCCUUCCCGGAGGAUGGACCCGCGGAGGAGAGCGUCUUUGGAGAGGAGACGUUGGGUACAGAGGACGAUGUUUCCGAUGUUUCUGCGUCUGUCGGAGCGUCUGCCGAGACCUCGGAACUUGGCGAUUCGAGGUCCAUACUUUCCUCGCAGGACAGUUUCUCAGAGGAUUGCCCUGUUUCAGAGGAGCGGUUGGCAGAGGAGGCUGAAGAGGCCAAGAAGAAAGCUGAAGAGGAGGAGGCAGCGGCGAAGGAGAGAGCCGCCCAGCGACAGCUGAUGGCCCUGGAGGAACUGGUGCAGUCUGAGAGGAAUUAUCUGCGAAUGCUGCAAGUUAGCACGGUAACCAUCAGGAGCAGCCUGCAGAAAAUACAGCCUCCUCUACCGAACCUGGACAGCAUGUUUCUCUACAUCGAGGAGGUGAUCGACGUGUCCACGCGGCUCCUCAGCUUGCUGGACCAGAAGCAGGUUCGGCCGGGAGAUCCUCUCUUCCUGGAGACGCUCUGUUCUUCCUUCCUCAGCUUGUCUUCAGACAUCGAGGCGGCGUAUAAAGAAUACCUGGCCAACUACAACAACGUGACGGUGGUGGAGAACAGCUACAAACAGAGGGAGGCGCUGUGGAACGAGCUCGUCAAGGUCAUCAAAGACGCGGCGCCUGAAGUCAACGCCACGUCCCUGAGCUUCUUCCUGGUGAUGCCAGUGCAGCGGAUCGCCCGCUACCCCCUCCUCCUGCAGACCAUUCAGAAACACACGGACGCCGCUCACCCGGCGUACGCUCUCCUGGAGCGCACCGCUCACACCUCCAUCGCCUUGAACUGUCGCAUCAACGAGUACAAGCGCUUCAGAGAAGUCGCCGACAAAUACAAGAAGACGGAAUCGUUAACCAUCAUCGACAAGAUCAACCGCCUCAGCACCCACAGCAUCGCCAAGAAGACGGCGAGACUCGGCCAGCAACUCAAACACGAGACCGGAAUCGUGCCCAAGCUGGUCGAUGAGGAGUUUGACGCGCUCGAGGGCUUCUUCUACGUUCUGGAACACGGCAUCCUGCAGCUCCUGGACAACGUGGAGACGUACCUGCACCACCUACAGGCGUUCCUGACCUGCAAAACAGAGGAGUUUGACUUUGAUAUGGACGGAGAGAAAGCGCCCAUUUGCUACAAGGAGAUCACGACAGCACUGAGACAGUGGAUACUUCCGACUUUUGAGAAGAGGAUGAGGACGUUGAUCCACAAGCCCCUGUGUGACCUCCGCGACCUCCUGGUGGGCCCGAGGAACCUGAUCAAGAAGAGGCUGGACAAGCUGCUGGACUAUGAACUCCUCGAGUCCAAAUCUAACCUGAGCUACGAGGAGCAGGCCGUGGCCAACACGUACAGGACAAUCAACACGUUGCUCCUCAAAGAACUUCCUCAGUUUAACGGUGUAGCUCUGCAGAUGAUCUGGAGAAUGUUGGGCACGUUCACUUGUCUUCACAAAGACCUCACGUCCGACAUGGAGCAACUCUUCCAGAGCUUUGCACAACAGCUGCCUCACAGCUCUCUCAGCCCCGGUGUAUUCUGGGAGUGGGCGGAGACCGCGGUGUUGGAAGGCGCGAGGAGGCUGGACACUCUGGGUCGAAGUGUGCAGGACACACUCAACGUGCCGGCCGUCCAGCCUCUGAGUCCGUCGUCCCAGCAGCGUCUUCAGCAGCUCAUGCACAAACACGGCUCUGGAAAGAUCUACCAGGUGGUCGGUGCGGUGGUGGGAAGCCGAGACCUGGACCUGAACCUGGUCAGGGGGGAGCUGGUGGCCAUCGUCAGUGAGAUGGACAGUCGAGGAGACAAGAGGAGGUGGCUCGUCGAUGCCGGCGGCAGGCGAGGCUACGUUCCUGCCUCGAAGCUCGUUCGCUACCAUCAGCCAUCAGAGGACCCGCCCCCUUCGCCACACCUGACCUUGCCAGAGAGCAUGAUGGGAGUCAGAAGACACUCGUACACCCCAGAGAGCCGGCCACUGAAUGUCAGGAGCCAGCCGUGCUUCCAGGUGUUGGCAGCCUACGACUUCUCGGCCAGAGGGAACCACGAGGUGUCCAUCCGGGCCGGCGAGCCGGUCCGCGUCCUGGAGAGUCACGACAAGCGAGGGAACGCCGAGUGGAGCCUGGUGGAGGUGAGGGGCGGGCAGAGAGGCUACGUGCCCUCCAACUACCUCAUAGUAUCGCCGCUGAGGAUGUGAGCCGACGGCUGUGACGCUACUUCCCGAAAAGAAGGAAGUAAAGAAGGAAGUAAGGGUCAGGUGUCGAAGCUGCUUCUCAAACUCAAAGCCUGUAUAGCUUUUUUUUACUUAUUUAGAUUUCAUCUAAAAGGCCAAAUCUUGCUUUUGAUGUUUACAAAUGGACGUUUUUUCUCUCCGUGCCUUUUCCUGCUCCCACCCUAAGAUUAACACCGCUUUUACUUUUACCCAAGUUUUCCAUUCCAGUUUUGCAUGUGCGGUUUGGACUAGAGAUCGACUGUUGGGCUGAUUGUUGGGGCCGAAAAUUUGCAAUUCUUUUUUCAAAUUAGGGUUGUAAUAUAUCCAAACAUAUCGUAAUAUAUCCAAACAAGUCAUAAAAGCUAAUCUUAAUACACCAAUGAUAACCCACUGUUAUUUGUGGGGUGCAAAUGGACUUCGUGUGUGUUCUGCAGAAGUGAUGAAAUUUACGAGGUUUCAUGAAUGCUUCUCGAAGCCACUCCUUUUACGAUAGCAUAAUAGCAUUUUUCCUAGAAAUGCCCAUCCCCAUUUUAAGUCAACAUUAAUUGUGAUUUAUUAAUCAGCCUAUUAUGCAUUUUUUUAUUCUCAGAAACCUGAUCAAUGUUGCUUAGUCACUACUAUUUUUUUGUAUUUUUAAUGACGUUUUCCAUGUAUAAUUUAGUUAAUACAUUAUUUCUUACUGUAUAUAAUUGCAUAGAACUGUAGAUUUGAGAAACAGACCAACAAGUUACUGUAGAUAGAUUUUAUUUGUUAUCAUUAAAGCCUGAUAUUUGAUCAAAAAGUGGGGGAAAAUAGCCUAGCUUAACUAUAUGAGCCAAAAAAAUCUGCAUCAGUUAUCGGCCGUCGACCUCUAGUUUGGACGAUCUCAAAAUCUCAACAGUGAAAGUGUGUGACGUUGUUUUUACCGCUUGAGCACGGACGAUAAAACCGUGGCAGAACAAUCUGAAAAAAAGGACGAGCUUUCAAAUAUAGCAACAGUGUUUUUCUUAUUUUCCCUGGAAACAGAAUCUAAACCAGCAGAUUAGUGAGCGUGUUAUUGCUGGAAAUAAAGAAAACCUGAAUAAAUAUGAAGGAUGAUGCAUCACCAUGUCCUGCUCAUGGACACCAGGACGAGACGACGCGUCUCUGCUGACGGAGCCGAAAACUCAACCCGGCGUCUCAAAGGCUGAAGGACGAUGUUAAAAGUUGCACUGUAAAACUUUACUGGACAAUUUUGUCAAAGUGACGGGAAGCGACUUUCCAAGGCUGAGUCGUGAAGAGAGACACGUUUGGACACUAAGACCCGACGGGACACUACUGAACUGAAGAAAGACGUGUGUAUGAGUGUGUGUGUGUGUGUGCGUGUGAGAAUGUACCUCCUCUUCCUCACCUGACGUAGACAAGUCAUGUGACAAGAAGAGAUCAAUCAAAUGAGGGCUUCUCAAUCAAAUGAUCAUUGACAUUGUCCACAAACCAAAAUGAUCCAGUUUUAAUCAUUUCUUUGUUACAUGGACC